AGCGUGUCCCGACCCGCUGCGCGAUGCCGGCAGUUUAGGAUCCAAAGCUUCUCUACUCGUUUUGUUCUUUUCUAUCAUAAAAAGAGGAGGGGAAAUCCCGGCGUCAGACAGCCCGGCACACACACCCUCGCCCUCAUACCCCGACAAAAGCAGAUGCACUUUGACUUCUGACAGCUCUACCUCAAGCCGGAGAGAACUCAGUGGCGCUUUCCCCGCCAGCCGAGCUCGCCGCGUCGUCCUCUUCCUUCUCCGUCUCCGUCUUAUUUAUUUAUUUCCGUUCCCGUCGCCGUUCUCGGUGACCUUCAUUCCUCCGCGGGCUCCGGGCAGAAGAGUCGCUUUCUCGCCCGCCUGAGACUCUUUUCCUUGCCCCAGGAGCUGCGGCGGCGCUGCCGUGCCCCGGGGCCUGGGACUCCCGGGCUGCACGCUCCGCCGAGGCGCCCCCCCGCCGCCCCAUCAGCCUCGUUUCCCCUCUUUUGAUUUCCUGUUGCGCGGUUUUGGCUCGCACCGCCGAGUGUGUCUCCUCUUUUUGGAGGGGCUGGGGAGCUUGUGCCGGUCGUCUUCAGGACUCGUCCCCUCGCCUCCGCCUGCGCUUCUCCCUCCGGGCCUCACCCGACCAAACCAAAGACCAUGGUGCACUGUGCCGGCUGCAAAAGGCCCAUCCUGGACCGCUUCCUCUUGAACGUGCUGGACAGGGCCUGGCACGUCAAGUGCGUCCAGUGCUGUGAAUGUAAAUGCAACCUGACCGAGAAGUGCUUCUCCCGGGAAGGCAAGCUCUACUGCAAGAACGACUUCUUCCGGUGUUUCGGUACCAAAUGCGCGGGCUGCGCGCAGGGCAUCUCCCCUAGCGACCUGGUGCGAAGAGCGCGGAGCAAAGUGUUUCACCUCAACUGCUUCACCUGCAUGAUGUGUAACAAGCAACUCUCCACUGGCGAGGAGCUCUACAUCAUAGACGAGAACAAGUUCGUCUGCAAAGAGGAUUACCUAAGCAACAGCAGUGUCGCCAAAGAGAACAGCCUCCACUCGGCCACCACAGGCAGUGACCCCAGUUUGUCUCCGGACUCCCAAGACCCGUCGCAGGAUGACGCCAAGGACUCGGAGAGCGCCAAUGUGUCGGAUAAGGAAGGGGGCAGCAACGAGAAUGACGACCAGAACCUGGGCGCCAAGCGGCGAGGGCCGCGCACCACGAUCAAAGCCAAGCAGCUGGAGACGCUGAAGGCCGCCUUCGCUGCUACGCCCAAACCCACGCGCCACAUCCGCGAGCAGCUGGCUCAGGAGACCGGCCUCAACAUGCGCGUCAUCCAGGUCUGGUUCCAGAACCGUCGCUCCAAGGAACGGAGGAUGAAGCAGCUAAGCGCUCUGGGCGCCCGGCGCCACGCCUUCUUCCGCAGUCCGCGCCGGAUGCGGCCGCUGGUGGACCGCUUGGAGCCGGGCGAGCUCAUCCCCAAUGGGCCCUUCUUCUACGGAGAUUACCAGAGCGAGUACUACGGGCCCGGGGGCAACUACGACUUCUUCCCGCAAGGCCCCCCGUCCUCACAGGCUCAGACGCCAGUGGACCUGCCCUUCGUGCCAUCAUCAGGGCCGUCCGGGACGCCCCUGGGCGGCCUAGAGCACCCGCUGCCCGGCCACCACCCGUCGAGCGAGGCGCAGCGGUUCACCGACAUCCUGGCGCAUCCCCCAGGGGACUCGCCCAGUCCGGAGCCCAGCCUUCCCGGGCCUCUACACUCAAUGUCGGCUGAGGUCUUCGGGCCCAGCCCGCCUUUCUCGUCGCUGUCGGUCAACGGCGGGGCGAGCUACGGGAACCACCUGUCUCACCCCCCAGAAAUGAACGAGGCGGCCGUGUGGUAGCGGGGUCUCGCACGGUGCGCGGAGUUCGUGGUUGUACAGAAACGAACCUUUAUUUAAGAAAAAUAGAAAAAUUAAAAAAAAAACUUAAAAAGCAAGUACCCCCUCCCCCUUCCUCCAGCCUCGGGGACCAUUUUCCGUCUGGGGAGACCGGAUGGGAAAGGGGGACACGAAAUAGGAUCCAAAUCCGCCUGGAGGUAGGACUGGGAUCCACGCGCUGGCUGGCAAGGUGCAGAACUGGGGCUCCGGAAGGGAAAUGCAGACCUCUCCCCACCUCCCACCUGGAGCCAGAUCCGCGGACACACUCCGCGGGUGUGCGUGCCUGGCCAGCGGGCGGCACAGCAACACCCGUGGCUGCCUCGGGGGCGCACAGCCAGUGGUGACACCAGGAGCCGCAGGGAGAGAGGCCUCGAGGCGCAGCCGGGUGAGGGAGGUGAAGUGGCCAGGGCACUCCCAGGCCAGCCAGGAGGGUUCUGGCUCUGGGAAAUCUCUUAUUAGUGUUGUCUCAGAAUUCAGCAACAGCGACAACAAACUCUUAUAGCUUCAGAAACGCCGACCUGCUGUGCAUCAGGUGGGACUAUAUAUAUAUAUUUUUUGUCUGAGUUUUUUGGUUUUUGUUUUUGCCAAAUUGCAAAAUUCUAAAUGUAAAGCCCUCAGUAUCAACUCUUCUACCUUCACAAAGCUCACCACACACCCACAGAUACACACACAGACAUACUCCAUAGAAUGGUCUCCAGCCAGACCGCUCAGUAAAAUGACUUGAACAUCAGCUGUACAAGAAAAGUAUUCUACCUUCACACACAAAACGUUAAAAAAAAAAAGACUAUUGAACUAAAAACAGUCAACUGUUUACGUAUAAUGUUAAAUUCAGGAGUUCAGUGUUUUACUAAUAUAUCCUAUUUUGAAACCUCUUGUUCAAAAACAAAACGUUUUGAGCAAUCAACCAAAAUUGUUCAUUUUCUCUUCCUGUAGAUGUUCUGACAGAUUUGCAGGGCUCGCAGCUCACUGUGCUAGUAUGUAAAAAGGUGUUGUUUACACAAGGCAAAGAGAAAACAUGAUAUUCAGACACUUGCCAAAUAGAAUAAUUAUAGCACAAAUACUGUAAAGGUGCCUGGCACCACAACCUGAGAAAGUGUUAAAAAAUAAAAAAAGUGUUACAAGGUUUAAAAAAAAACAUCUUUGCUAAUUUUUAGUCCUGUUGAACAUUCAUGGAAUUGUUAAUAUGACUUAUAUAGACCCACACAGGUUUUAUUUUUGUGUCUUUAAAAUAAAAGUCCAAAAUAUUUAAAUUUUAUGGUCAAAUAUGCAGUCAACAGCUGCUACUUUUUUCUUUAUAUUUUAAAUUUCUCAUAUGUCUUUUAUUGUUCUGAUAAACCUAAGCUUGUGUGACCUCCAGUGCAUAUUAGACCAUUCACUGUAUGAAAGAAAACAUGUUGAAUAAAUUUGUGAGUUUUUAAUAAAAAUAGAAAAUCUGAUGUUUA